GGAAACAGACAUCAACUGAACUUUACCUUAAUACCUUAUUGUCUAGACUACUAGCUAUUCAUACUACAUACCUAGACUCUAGUAUUCAUCCAACUUCAGCAUAGCAUCCAAAUGUUUGAAUUUGAUAUUAAAUUUACACAUCAUUUUUCUACACAUUUAUCUAGUUCCAACUCUUAACUUAUUACACAAUACCUAAUCAAAUCCUAAGGGGAGAGUGGGCAAUCAUGGCUUCUCAAUUAGCCCCAUUAAUCCCAACUCCACCGGUAACUAUCAAAGGGAGAUUCUUCUGGCAAGGUGAUCGGCGCUUCAUAAUUAACGGAGUAGUAUUCCAACCGCAUCCGCCUGGCAACAAGAAAGCUCCAUUAAUAGACCCGCUAGCCGAGGAUCAACUUUACGACCUCGAACGCAGCAUUCCGUCACUCAAGGUCCUCGGAAUCAAUACGAUAUUCGUCCUUUAUAUUAAUUGUAACAAUAAUCAUGAUGUCGCCAUGGAUAUGCUAGCCGAAGCAGGCAUCUAUGUACUUCCGUGUAUCGCGCCACCUUACGAUGAAUCUGCAGAUCUUUCGGAGCUUAACCCAUACAGGCUUGAGGUUCUACAAUGGUAUUUCAAAGCUGUCGACAAUAUGACGAAGUACCCGAACACAUUAGGGUUGGUUUUAUCUUGUGAAUUCAUCAAUGAUGUGUACAGGACCGUACUUGCGCCAAUGCUCCGUGCCGUUGUACGCGACGUCAAGAAGUAUAUUCGUCUCAUAGCCCGGAAGAAAAAUGUGAGGGCUCUCCCCGUUGGCAUAUUCGCCCCGGACGAACCAUCAUUGCUCAAACCACAUUAUGAAUAUUUUGUUUCGGGGCCCGAAAAGGAGGCAAUUGAUUUCUUAGGGUUCAAUGAAUUUUCGCGACCUAGAGAAUCGCCAUUACACGAAUCCAGCUACGACGAUAUAAUCGAGAUUUUUGCCUCGAGUCCCGUUCCAGUCUUCUUCUCUAUGUACGGGAACAACACCGUAUCUCCGCGCCUCUUCCACGAGACGAACUGUUUGUACUGUGACUUUAACAUGUUAUCGAUAUUCUCCGGUGGGUUCGUUUACGAAUUCUUCCAAAAACCAGGUACCCAAUUUGGUCUAAUCGCGCGAACGGAAAACCCAAGAGGCUACAUUGGUUACACCGAACUCAUAGAUUUCCGAAAUUUGAGAGAUGUGUUGACUGGCUCCUUCAUGCGACUACCGCCCUUGACAGCUGACUUCCCACCGAGCGCCAUCAUGGGGAUUAAGCCACAGCCACCAGAACCAAGUGAGAAUUGGUUGGCUUCACAGAAUAUACCUCACACUCGCGUGCAAUGGUUCAAUGUCGAGGAAGCGAUCGACGACAGUGAAUGGAUCGACCUGGGUCAGGACGUGCUGGAAGAUGCUGUCGAUGAUCUCGAGUUCGCCUUUAAGGAAAGGUUUAAUAUCAGCGACGGAUCUUAAAUCGCUAUCACGGCUCACCAAACUAAAUUUUAAGAUCGGUUGAAGUUGGAGUAUGGUGUUAACACAGCGAUGUUUCGAUGUCAAGUAGUUAUUUUCAUAAUAGCGUUUGAAAGUAAUACAUAUUUGAAGCUUCGAUA